AUGAAAGUGCCGCGUGGCAUUGGUCUUGUCUUCAUAUUUGCGGUGGCCGCCGCGUUGGUGGCCGGCCUCAUCCUGACCAUUGUCCUCGUCAGUCGGCCCAGUCCAGCAGAGCCAUUCACUGGCCGUGUCAUAACUGUGGGUAUCUGUAAUUCCGGGUCAGAGCCUUCAAAAGCUUCGAGCUUCCGGUUUAAGCGGGAUGCAACGACAAGUUGCUCAUUCGAUGCGAACCGGGAUCAGUUGAAAAAUUUCUUAUCCAGUUCAGCGGCAGACACCAGCUUCAUUGUAAUGUCCUAUUCAGACAAGCCUUCGCCAUCAACUGUAUUGCCCAGAGAUCAAGCUAUAGAAUUGCUAAAUAGUAUGAAAAAGGACGGGUCUAAAACUAUACAGCAAGCCCCCGCAUUCGCAAGUUACGAUCCAAAAGCUUAUGAAAACUCGGAUUUAGUAUUUUUCACUCCAUGUAAAACUGAUUAUACAGGGUAUGACGCAGAUAUGGCAGCAGUGCGAACCACAAUCAAUAAUGUCCAAACGAAAAAGUAUGUGAUUGUAUCUUUGGCAAUGGAUCAGGGUAACAUGACUCAGAAGUAUGGAGACUUGAACACCCAUAACAUUGGAAAUAAUGCAACAGAUAUCACUAAUGAUAUUAACAAUGUAUUAAAUAUCACAGCGACAACUCUCGGGCCCACAACGACAACAAUAACUCCGACUACUACUGUCGUCCCAGCCAGCACUAGCACCCAACCAGCUCCGGCAUCCAGCCCGACUACUCAACCGGCUCCGGCAACUAGUCCGACUACUCAACCAGCUCCCGCAACCAGCCCGACUACCCAGCCGGCUCCCGCAACCAGCCCGACUACCCAACCGGCUCCGGCAACUAGUCCGACUACUCAACCGGCUCCGGCAACUAGUCCGACUACUCAACCAGCUCCCGCAACCAGCCCGACUACCCAGCCGGCUCCCGCAACCAGUCCAACUACCCAACCGGCUCCGGCAACCAGUCCAACUACCCAACCGGCUCCGGCAACCAGUCCAACUACCCAACCGACUCCGGCAACCAGUCCAACUACCCAACCGACUCCGGCAACCAGUCCAACUACCCAACCGACUCCGGCAACCAGUCCAACUACCCAACCGGCUCCGGCAACCAGUCCAACUACCCAACCGGCUCCGGCAACCAGUCCAACUACCCAACCGGCUCCGGCAACCAGUCCAACUACCCAACCGGCUCCGGCAACCAGUCCAACUACCCAACCGGCUCCGGCAACCAGUCCAACUACCCAACCGGCUCCGGCAACCAGUCCAACUACCCAACCGGCUCCGGCAACCAGUCCAACUACCCAACCGACUCCGGGAACCAGUCCAACUACCCAACCGGCUCCGGCAACCAGUCCAACUACCCAACCAUCUCCCGCAACCAAUCCUACAACGCAACCGUCAGUGUCAUCCAGUGCUUCAACGCAACCUGCUCCAGCUACAAGUGGUACGACACAACCAGCUCCGGCGACUAGCGCAACUACGCAGCCGGCUCCAGCUACCAGCGCUACUACCCAACCAGCGCCGGCUACCAGUCCGACAACACAACCAGCCCCGGCCACGAGUGCAACAACACAGUCUGUUCCAGUAGUUACAACUCAGACAACUAUGGGUACAAGUCCAACAACGGCUGGAAUCAGUUCAUCUCCAGCUGCAACCAGUCCAAGCACCGCUGUAACGAGUCCAUCAUCACUGGGUACAAGUUCAUCACCAUUGCCAAGUUCAAUUAGUACGUCUGCACUUCCAAUAGCUAGCUCUUCUGCUUCAUCUAGUCCAUCUGCAGCAUCUAGUACAACCCCGGUAGUUUUGUCUAGCUCCACUAUUCAAAGUUCAUCAGGAACUUUUCCAAGUUCUGUUGCAUCUAGCCCAUCGACGGUAGGAUCUACUAGUGGAGCAGCUUCAUCUAGCUCGUAUGCAACAGUGUCAACAAUCGCAGGAUCUACUGGUUCUACAAUUACACCUGUGCCAGGAUCAUCCAGCACAAUCGGAUCCUCAACACCAUCUGCAUCAUCUAGCUCUUCCGGAACGAUGUCGACUAUUUCAGGAUCAACUGGUUCCACAGUUACAGUCGUGCCUGGAUCCUCUAGCACAUUUGCAUCCUCAACACCAAUAGCUUCAUCUAGCUCACCUGGUUCAACUGUCACUGUUGCCCCAGGAUCUUCCAGCACUUAUGGAUCCUCAACACCAUCAGCGUCAUCUAGUUCCUCCGGAACUAUGUCCACAAAUUCGGGAUCAACUGGUUCUACAGUUACUGUUGCACCAGUAUCGUCUAGUACAUUUGGAUCCUCAACACCAAUAGCUUCAUCUAGCUCAUCUGGUUCUACUGUCACCGUUGUCUCAGGAUCUUCCAGCACAUACGGAUCGUCAACACCAUCCGCGUCAUCUAGUUCCGCUGGAACUGCGUCGACAAUCUCAGGAUCAACUGGUUCAACAGCUACAAUUGUACCAGGAUCUUCAAGCUCGGUUGGAUCCUCAACACAGUCGGCUUCGCCCAGCUCACCUGGAACUAUGUCCACAGUCUCUGGACCAACGGGUUCUACAGUCACAGUUGUGCCAGGAUCAUCUACAUCACCAGCUCCAUCAAGCUCACCAAAUCCAUCUUCCUCACCUGCAUCGACCGGCUCAACAAUCACAAUUAGUGGUUCUUCAAGCAUAAUUGUUUCCACCGUCUCCGGUUCCACCGUCUCCGGAUCAACCGGAACAUCCCAGUCCACACUUGCAUCGUCAACUGCGACACCAGGUAGUAGCAGUACCGUUCCAUCCUCAUCAAGCCCCCAACCAUCCAGUCAGUCCCCUGCACCUAAUACGGGAUCCACAACCCCCUCCCAGACCUCGUCCCAAUCUCCUUCCCCCAGCAUGAAUCCCUCUUCAUCGACACCCACAGGAUCAUCGCAGUCUACAAUCACACCGGAAGGUUCGACAGCUAGCAGUCCGACUGGAAGCACUGGAUCCACAUUCUCAGUUGCAACAGAGGUCACAUCCCAAUCAACCGUUCCUUCGGGCAGCUCUCUUGGAACACAAUCGACCAACAGUUCCCCAUCCCCCAGCUCUCUCUCCCCCUCUACAUCUGGAAUGAGUACUUUGACCUCGGAACCAUCCCCAAGUUCCACACAGUCAUCAGGAGCACAAAGUACAUUAACAACACCAUCCCCCAACCCAUCCCAAUCAACCAGCUCACUGGAAUCAUCUACAUCAGGCGCCACCACGUCAUCUGGAUCGGCAGGAACUACUAUGACAUCCCCCUCCCAAUCAUCAUCAGUUGGAAGCUCGCAAGGAUCCACUAGUCCAGCUGCAUCAACGACAUCAGGAGAAAUGACAUCUCAAGGUUCCACACAAACACCUGGAUCUUCAGUAUCAACAUCUGCUGCGAUUUUGACAUCAACGCAACAAUCCGUGUCUACCAAUAGCCCUGGAUCAACAGUGACUCGACCAUCUACUGUUAGCGGUUCGACGAGUUCUGGAAGCACAGUUACCGUAGGAUCCACGGAAGCGAGUACAUCAGGUAGUUCAGUUGCUAGCAGUUCCCCCGCCCCAUCCACUUCCCAAAAUCCCAAUCCUUCAACUUCAAGCGGAAGUUCCAUGAUUACCCAAUCCCCUUACCCAUCCCAAUCUACCAGCCCAGUGGAGUCCUCUACCACACCAUCUCCUGGGUCACCUGGAACCACUUUAACAUCCACUUCCCCCUCCCCAUCCCAAUCAACUACAAUUGGAAGCACACAAGGAUCCACAAGCCCAGGUAUUUCAACGACAUCCGAAGAAAUGACAUCCCAAGGUUCAACUCAAACACCAGGUAGUACUGGAUCCACAGUGACUCAGCCGUCCACUGUUAGUGAUUCGACAAGCUCUGGAAGCACGGUCACAGUCGGAUCCACAGAAGGAAGCAGUUCCCCCAUCCCAUCCACUUCCCAAAAUACAAAUCCUUCAACUUCAAGCGGAAGUUCCAUGAGUACCCAAACCCCCCAGUCGUCCCAAUCUACUAGUCCAGUAGAAUCGUCUACAUCCGGUGCUACCUCAUCUUCUGGGUCACCUGGAACCACGUUGACAUCAAUUUCCCCCUCCCCAUCCCCAUCAUCAACAAUCGGUAGCUCUCAAGGAUCAACCAGUCCAGUUGUUUCAACAAUAUCCCAAGGUUCAACGGAAACACCAGGUAGUACUGGAUCCACAGUGACUAAACCGUCUACGGUUAGUGGUUCCGCAAGCUCUGGUAGCACAGCUACAAUGGGAUCUACGGAAGCAAGCAGUACAUCAGGUAGUUCAUUUCCUACUAUGAGCAGUAAUUCCCCCGUCCCAUCAACUUCCCAAUCUCCUAACCCUUCCACUUCAGGUGGUAGUAGUACUUCCCCCAACCCAUCUCAAUCUACUAGUCCGUCUACUUCCGGCGCUACCUCAUCGCCUGGGUCAUCUGGAACAACGUUGACAUCCAUUUCCCCCUCCCCGUCUCAAUCAUCAACAAUCGGAAGCUCGCAAGGAUCCACUAGCCCAGUAGUUUCCACGACUUCGGGAGAUAUGACAUCGCAAGGUUCAACUCAGAUACCAGGUAGUACAGGAUCCACAGUGACUCAACCGUCUACAGGUAGUGGUUCCACAAGCACAUCAGGAGAAAUCACAUCCCAAGGUUCCACUCAAACACCAAGAUCUUCAUUGUCAACUUCUCCUGCUAUUUCUACAUCAACGCAACAAUCAGUGUCCACCAAUAGCCCUGGGUCCACAGUGACUCAACCGUCUACGGUUCGUGGCUCCACAAGCUCUGGAAGCACAGUUACCACUGGAUCUACAGAAGGAAGCAGUACAUCAGGUAGUUCAUCUGCUACUUCUUUAAGUAGCAGUUCCCCCGUCCCAUCAACUUCCCAAUCCCCUAACCCUUCCACGUCCGGUAGUAGUACUCCAACCCCCAACCCAUCCCAAUCCACUAGUCCAGUUGUUUCAACAACAACUGGAGAAAUGACAUCUCAUGGUUCAACUCAGACACCAAGUACUAUUGGAUCAACAGUGACUCAACCGUCUACUGUCAGUGGAUCGAACAGUUCUGGAAGCACAGUUACCAUUGGAUCUUCGGAAGCAAGCACCUCAGGUAGUUCGUUUAAAACAUCCCCGAGUAGCAUUUCCCCAGUUCCUACCUCUUCCCCUAUCCCGUCGACAACAUUCGCAAGUAGCACAUCAGGUUCCACGAUCUCGGAUGUCUCUUCAGUCUCUACGACUUCACUAGCGCCUUUGUCUAGUUCCCUCCCAUCAACAGUCCCAUCUAGUACCCAAUCCUUCAGUAGCACGUCCGAAGGAUCUUCGAAAGCCUCUUCCUCCCCAGUUCCCUCCCAAACAAGUAGUACCCCCACAAAUCCAACCGGCUCGACUGAGUCCUCAACACUUCUAUCUUCGACCAUAUCGGGCUCCACUCAGCACACAACAAUGUCAAAAGCUAGCUCGGGCUCCACAAGCCCUUCGACAAAUUCUCAGACUGGAAGCACUGUAACCAUGGGAUCAUCAAGCACUUCCGGUGUUUCCACAUCUUCAGCAUCCAGUACUCAGCCUCAGAUGAGCACUUCACAAGGAAGUUCAGCAGGAUCCACAGUUGCUUCUUCAACAGCUAGCCCUGCUGCGAGUUCCACAGCUCCAUCUUCAACUGGAACUAUGAGCUCCACUUCUAGUGGAACAGUUGGAUCUACAAUUUCUGAAUCAUCGACAACAGCAUCUGCAAGUUCUCAGACUGGAAGCACUGUAACCAUGGGAUCAUCAAGCACUUCCGGUGUUUCCACAUCUUCAGCAUCCAGUACUCAGCCUCAGAUGAGCACUUCACAAGGAAGUUCAGCAGGAUCCACAGUUGCUUCAUCAACCGCUGGCCUUGUUUCAACUUCCACAGUUCCAUCCUCGACAGGAACAAUGGGCUCCACUUCUAGUGGAACAGUUGGAUCUACAAUUUCUGAAUCAUCGACAACAGCAUCUGCAAGUUCUCAGACUGGAAGCACUGUAACCAUGGGAUCAUCAAGCACUUCCGGUGUUUCCACAUCUUCAGCAUCCAGUACUCAGCCUCAGAUGAGCACUUCACAAGGAAGUUCAGCAGGAUCCACAGUUGCUUCAUCAACCACUGGCCUUGUUUCAACUUCCACAGUUCCAUCCUCGACAGGAACAAUGGGCUCCACUUCUAGUGGAACAGUUGGAUCUACAAUUUCUGAAUCAUCGACAGCAGCAUCUGCAAGUUCUCAGACUGGAAGCACUGUAACCAUGGGAUCAUCAAGCACUUCCGGUGUUUCCACAUCUUCAGCAUCCAGUGGUCAGCCUCAGAUGAGCACUUCACAAGGAAGUUCAGCAGGAUCCACAGUUGUUUCUUCAACAGCUAGCCCUGCUGCGAGUUCCACAGCUCCAUCUUCAACUGGAACUAUGAGCUCCACUUCUAGUGGAACAGUUGGAUCAACGAUGUCUCAGUCUUCAACAGCAGCUUCCACAACUUCUCACACGGGAAGCACAGUAACCCUCGGAUCUUCAAGUACCUCCAGUAAUCAAAUGAGCACUUCACAAGGAAGUUCCGUAGGAUCCACAGUAGCUUCAUCAACCGCUGGCCUUGUUUCAACUUCCACAGUUCCAUCCUCGACAGGAACAAUGGGCUCCACUUCUAGUGGAACAGUUGGAUCUACAAUUUCUGAAUCAUCGACAACAGCAUCUGCAAGUUCUCAGACUGGAAGCACUGUAACCAUGGGAUCAUCAAGCACUUCCGGUGUUUCCACAUCUUCAGCAUCCAGUACUCAGCCUCAGAUGAGCACUUCACAAGGAAGUUCAGCAGGAUCCACAGUUGCUUCAUCAACCGCUGGCCUUGUUUCAACUUCCACAGUUCCAUCCUCGACAGGAACAAUGGGCUCCACUUCUAGUGGAACAGUUGGAUCUACAAUUUCUGAAUCAUCGACAGCAGCAUCUACAAGUUCUCAGACUGGAAGUACCGUGACAAUCGGUUCAACCAGUGGAACAAAUCCCUCCUCGCCCCGUUCCCUAUCCCAGAUCACAAUAACGCCGAGCCCAUCCCAAUCAACGGAGAGUACCCAAACAUCCCUCCCAUCCAGUUCCCCCUCCCCAUCAACACAUUCUGUGAGCAGCUCAGAAGGAACAACAAUGUCUUCUGGUGCAACGACAUCAGGAGACAAAAUGAGUUUUCUGUCGUCGACAGGAACAACAGUGUCGUUCAGUUCAAGAGGUUCAUCACUCGCCACAACUUCCGCGCCAAAACCCAGUGUGACUUGUCUGUUCAUGUACGAUACACAAUCCAAAGAAAUAGAUCAAACAGCUAUAAACACGUAUAAAACUUAUUUCAAUUUCGCUCUACUGGUUGCUUCCAAAUUGAACAAUGAAUCAAUUUUGACUGGAUACAUCGAUAACUUCGGAUACAGUGCUGGGUUGAAUGAUCAUCAAUAUUACCCUACUGACGACUACAAUGGUAUUAAGUCUGUACCUUUCCCAAUUGAUGGCACUGAUGACGACAUUGAUCUUGAUUUGAAAGAUGUCGACAAAAGUUUGGCAACAGCAGAUUGGACACCACCAGUGGCUGACCAAACCUGCAUGAUUUUCAUUUCUGCUGCACCAGAAGAUGAGUAUGGGGGCACUACUAUAAAAUCGACUUAUACUUACUUCGAGACAGUCGUUGGAGUUCUUGUUGGAGGAGCUAAAAGUAUACCGGGACUUUCAAUUGACAAAAAUAUAGUUAUCACGAACAAUACAAUGAACGACCGUGACGCUAGUGCAGUUGUCAGCAAACUUCUAGAACUUCUUCCAACGGCGUAA